AUGAGUACGCCAGCAACAACGACGCCAGCAGCCCGUGCCACACGCGGUGAACACGCUUCGCAACCACUGUGGCACAUUCCACACCUUCCAAAGACCAGUGCUGUGGAGCCAGUGGGGUUUGCAAUCUCCCACUUAUGGACUGCGUCACGGCAAUCAGCAAGGACUUGCGAAUGCGGCUACAUAAGCUUGCCGAAUCCGGAUAGCCAAGCCAUUUCUCAAGGAGCUGUAGCUCACCGUGGUGUCGACGUGCCGACACAAUCUUUUCCAUAUGGAAGCGGGCAACCCCGCCUUUGUCUACCACCGGCAACGGAAUCCUUGGUGGUUGAAUUAUCGACCGCGGUGUUGUCGAUGGCGUUUUCGUCUGUGCUACACUCGUAG